AUGUCCUUGUUGAUAAGAAAAUUGAAGUUUGAUACAUCACCAUCUAUGGUUCGAGAAAAAUUUAAAAAAUUUGGAGCAAUAAAAGAUGUAUAUUUACCAAUAGAUUAUUAUACAAAAGAACCAAGAGGUUUUGGUUUUGUUGAAUUUUAUGAUCCAAAAGAUGCUGAACAAGCAUUGAAAGAAAUGAACGGUUCAGAAAUUGAUGGAAAUAGAAUUGAAGUAUUUGUUGCACAGAAAGGAAGAUCAGAUCCAAGGCUUAUGAGGUAUAAAGAAAGAGGAGGAGGAGGAGGUGGCACAUAUGCUUUUAGAAAAAAUCAGAACAAUAAAAUAAGAAGAAGGUAUAUUUCAAAAUCGAAUUCACGAUAUGGUUCUUAUUCAAGAGAUAAAAUGAGAAGAAGAGAUAGAUCAAGAGAAAAAUAUAGAUAUAGAAAUAGUUAUGAUAGAAGAAUGGGUAAUUAUAGAGAUAAAAGAAGUUAUUAUAACAUGAAAAAUUAUAAUGAUAAAUAUCGUAAUAGAGAAUAUGAUAGAAGUUAUAGUCGAAGUAGAAUGUCAAGAGACUAUAGAAAUGAUUCUUCUAGGCACAGGGAAAAAAGAAGAUAUGAUAAAUAUUACAGAAGUAGUAGUAGGAGAGUGAGUAGACAGAGUAAAUAUGAAUCUAGGAAAAAGCAUGAUAAAAAAGAAGACAGUAAUUAUAAGUCAAAAUAUGAUAGUAAUGAUGAAUACAGUGAUGAAACUAGAAAUUCUAGUAAGCAUUCAAAGCAUCAGAAUAUUUCAAAGUCUAUAUCUUUUAAUACAGAAAAAGAUGAGGCGAAAAAAAAACAUGAACAUACAAAUGAAAAAGAUAAUUCGAAAGAAUGGAAAGAAAGCGAGGAUAGAAAUGAGCCGAGCAAUAGGAGAGAUUCUGUUAACAGCAAUGAGGAUGAAUCAAAUUAG